AUGGCUUCAACACAGCCCUCUUCCUCUCAAUGUGAAAUACAUGGAUUAGAAAAUUUGGAAGAAUAUUAUCUUGUAUGGUGUGAUAAACUCGCGAACAAUGUCGUGAAGGAAAACAUUGAGCAAAAAUUACGAACAAUAAUCAAUUAUUUGAAAAUAUUUGAUAAUAUAGAAAUAUGUGAAAAAUAUAUUAGGGAAAACAUAAAAAAUUUAAAGGUUAUAUUAAUUGUUAGUGAUCAAUUCGGACAAAUUAUAGUUCCACGACUACAGGAUUUAUCACAAUUAAUGGCUGUUUAUGUUUAUUGCGAAGAGAAACAAAGCAGCGAACAAUGGACCCAACAAUUUCAGAAAAAUACACCAAGCCCGGUACAUUUUAUACCUGUCGGCAAAGUGUACAUACAGGUUUUAUUUUUUAACAUCCAGGUUAAAGGAGUUCUAACACAAAUUGAUGAACUUAUUGAAAGCAUCAAACAUGAUCAAAAACAUCGUGAAAAAUAUGAUGAAACAAUAUCCAUCAGCAUAUUUGAUCCAUCCAAUAAAGAAAAAUCAACAACAGGGUUGAAUUCAUCAUUUAUGUAUCAACAAUUACUUACAGAUAUUUUAAUACAAAUGGAAUCCACAUCAGCGGAUAAAAAAGAAUUAGUUGAUGCAUGUCAAUUUUUUUAUAAAGAUAAUGGAGAACAACUUAAAAUCCUAAAUGACUUUGAUCAAACAUAUUCAUCCAACCAAGCUCUAUGGUGGUACCCACGUGAAUCAUUUUUAUAUCGACUACUGAAUAAAGCAUUAAGAAUAGCAAAUAUUGAUUUAUUAUUUGGACUCAUCUAUUUAGGAUGGCGAAUCCAACAAAAUAUGUUGCUCUCCGUUGUGCAUCAGUUGAAAAAAAUUGAUAUGGGAAAAUAUUUCUUAAAAUUGAAUGAAAAAGAUGUUUGUUAUAGUUAUGCGAAUUUGGGCACAAGCUAUCGUCGAAAACAUAUGACGAAAGAAGCAUUAGAUUGUUAUGAUAAAGUGUUGAAAAUGUGGAAAGCAUCGCUGGGUCAUGAUCACCCAAAUGUUGCCAUCAUUUACAAUUAUGUCGGUCAAUGUUAUAAAGACGAGAAAAACUAUUCUUUAGCAUUAACGAAUUAUAAAAAAGGAUUGGAAAUAGAGAAAGCGAAACUGCCGCAAAAUAGUCCACAUAUAGCUGAAUCGUAUGAGUGUAUGGGUGAACUGUAUCGUUGUAUUAAAAAAUAUGAUCUAGCAUUAUUGUAUCAUGAAAAUGCAUUAAAAAUUCGAUUAGUGACAUUAUCACCAACACAUCAACAAAUAGCUCAAUCCUAUAUGAGGAUAGGUCUUGUGUACGAAGAUAAACUAGAUUUCAAUAAAGCUAUUGAAUUUCUACAAAAAGCAUCAAACAUUUAUUCUCAAAAUUCAUUAGCACAAUCACAUUCAGAUGUGGUCGAUGUUAAUAAUGCAAUUCAACGAAUUAAUUUAAAACAAACAAGUUAUGAGUUUAAACUUAAAAUGUUUAUUUAUCGUCUAUCGAGCAAUAUGUCGUUAUUAGUAUCACUAUCGAUACCAGUCGUCUCAAAAAGCAAUAGUUUAAAUGGAAUGUAG